UUUGGAGAUAAUUCAAAGUCAAAGCAUGAAGAUCUUGAUUAUCAUUGGGACACUAGUUUGUGCUGCUCAGACUAAACCUGAUGUCUGUGAAAUUGGUAAUCCUUCUGGAAAAUGUGCGUCUAAACAACCUUUUUGCCAAAAGGGCUAUGAGUGUGUUGACGGAAACUGCUGCCAGGCUAAAGAGAGAUUGUGUCCACACAACCAACGUUCCCACGGACUAUGUGAUGACAAUGGUCAAUGUCCAGAUCCUGGUCAUCAAUGUAUCACAACGGACGACGACCAAAGUGUAUGCUGUAACAAAAACCAACCUACACCUGUAUGUACUCUACCUAUAUGUAACCCAUACAUCAACAUAAACAUGUAUGUAAUCUACCAACAUGUAACCUGUAAGUCAACAUAAACCUAUAUGUAAUCUACCUACAUGUAACUACUACAUCAACAUAAACCUGUAUGUAAUCU